AUGCCACCUAAAGCUGGACCGAGGCCUGGUGCCCGUAAGGGCCACCCGUCCCUGACGAUCGCUCAGAUCAAGCAGUCGAUGCAGCUGCGGCAGGCGGAAGAAGAGCGUCUGAAGAAGGAAGCCGAGGAAAGAGAGGCGCGCAUUCGUGAAGAGGAGCGCCUAGCCAAGGAGCAGCUCAAGUUUGAGGAGGAGCAGCGCGCCCGGGAGCGCGAACGCCAGAAAGAGGAGAUGCGAUUGCAGCGCAAGGAAAAGAAGUCGAACCAAAAACAAGACGCGAUUGAGAGAAUGCGGGCUGCCGGCUUCAUUCUUCCGGACGUCGAGAAGAUUCGGAAGGAGGUGGCGGAGGAGAAGUCCAACGAGGCCAAUGUACCAAAGAAGCCGAAGCAGAAACAGCAAAAUGGCAUCAAAGUGAACGCCGACGCCCCACCAGUUCCAGAGCCCGUUGAGGAGGAAAGCAGCGAUGGCGAGCAGACGGAGCUGACGGAAUCGGAGGGCGAGCUGAGCGAUGACGACUGGGAGGCCCUCGAGGACCGCGACGAGCGCCGGAGGAAGCGCCACUGCAACAACGAACGGAUUCGAAUGGAGCGCACCACCCGCCGUGAGGAGCGUGAAAAAGAACGAAAGGCAAAGGAGGAGGAAAAUCGCGUGCUGGAAAACGUGAUCGAUCUGCGCUCGCCGAUUUGCUGCGUUCUCGGGCACGUCGAUACCGGCAAGACGAGCCUGCUCGAUCGCAUCCGCUCCACCAACGUCCAAGGCGGUGAGGCGGGCGGCAUCACACAGCAGAUCGGCGCCACCUUUUUCCCGCGCGAGGCCCUCGUCGCCGCGACGAAGGAGAUUAACGAAAAGUAUCAAUACAAACUCAAUGUUCCCGGCCUCCUCAUCAUCGAUACGCCCGGGCAUGAGUCGUUCUCAAAUCUGCGCAACCGCGGCAGCAGCCUCUGCGAUAUCGCGAUUCUCGUCAUCGACCUCAUGCACGGGCUGGAGCAGCAAACCCGCGAAUCGAUCCGCCUGCUGCGCGAGAAGAAGUGCCCCUUUAUCGUGGUGGUGAACAAAGUGGAUCGUCUCUACGGCUGGAAGGCUCAUCCGAACGAGGAUAUCGAGAAAACCCUCGCGAAACAAUCCCCCGGCGUCCACAUCGAGUUCGAUACGCGCGUGGCGGAGAUUAAAACACAGCUCGCGAUGGAGGGCUUCAACUCGGAGUUGUAUUACAAAAACACGGAUUUCCGCAAGGUUGUCUCCAUCGUUCCCACCUCGGCGCACACCGGGGAGGGGAUUUCCGAUCUGAUUCUUCUUAAAAUCCAGCUUGUGCAGCAGUUCAUGGAGGGUAAGGUGACGUACAAGGAUGACCUGCAGUGCACCGUGCUGGAGGUGAAGCCGAUCACCGGGUAUGGCUUCACCAUCGACGUGAUCCUCAUCAACGGUGAGCUGCAUGAGGGGGAUCGGAUCUGCCUUUGCGGGCAAACCGAACCCAUCUUUACGCAAAUUCGCUCCCUGUUAACACCACAACCACUUCGGGAGAUGCGGGUGAAGGCGGAGUACACCCAUCACAAGAUGAUUAAGGCGGCGAUGGGGGUGAAAAUUGCCGCGAUCGACCUCGAAAAUGUCGUUCCGGGAACCCCCCUCAUUGUGUAUCACUCCGAGGAAGAAAAAGAGAAGGUCGCGGAGCUGGUCAUGCGGGACUCCACCACAAUUCGCAGCCAGCUCAGCGAGGAUGGGAUCGGGGUUACCGUGCAGAGCUCCACCCUCGGCGGUCUCGAGGCGUUGCUUUCCUUCUUAAAAGAUAUGAAGAUUCAAGUCGGGCAUGCUGCGAUCGGACCGAUUUAUAAACGACAUCUCGUGCAAGUCCUCUCGAUGAAGCGUCGUGAGCCGCGGUUUGCGGUGGUGCUCGCCUUCGACGUCACCGUCUCCGAGGAGGCGCGCGAGGUCGCCGCGAAGAACGAGAUCACCAUCUUCGAGGCGAAGGUGAUCUACCACCUCUUCGAUCGCUUCACCGAGUACAUCAAAAACUACGAGGCGCAGGAGAAGGAACGGCUGCGUAGCGUUGCCGUUUUUCCCGUUCGUCUGAAGAUCAUCGACGACGCGAUUCACAUGACGGAUCCGAUUAUUCUUCCCGUGAGCGUUGAGCGCGGGCAGCUUCGCGUGGGGACGCCGCUCGCGGCGAUGCGCGGGGAUACCCCCGUCGAGAUCGGCAAGGUGAUGAGCAUGGAGCGGGAUAACAAGCCGGUGCCGAUCGGAAAGCCCGGGAUGGAGCUCUCCGUGAAGAUCAACACGAGCGCCACCGGGGUGACGUUCGGACGGCAUUUCGGGAAGGAACACGUGAUCAUCUCGAAGAUCACACGGCCCUCUGUCGAUGCGGUGAAGAAGUUCAGGGACGAGCUCACGGAGGAUGAUGUCGUGCUGCUCGCUACACUCAUAAAAGUACUGAAAGUGCCAAAGUAA